GUGGCCUUCCGGGCGGUGGGCGGGAUCACUCGGGACGCUUUCAAGUUUUCAAAGUAACAAAGCGCUUUCCCUGAACGGAAGCGAGGAGAUAACCUUGGAAAAGAGAGACAGGGAGCGGAGAGGAGCUGCUCCGCCGUGUCCGUGUGAGGUCGUGAGAGCGCGCGGACGGCUUCCUCCGCAGCCUCACGUCUUUACGCGCCUCAAUUAGAGAGCAGCGGCUCAGGUGAAUCGAGCCGACCUAUUGUGUCCGAGUCCCCCGGCUGGUCUGCCUCCUCUGGAGCGCCCGCCCAUCGGGCUGGAGAUUGAUUUAGACGCUGAGAUUGACGCUGGAGGAGGCUGCGCGCUCCCAUCAGCGGAGGAGGAGGAGAAGGAGGAGGACCAGGACUUGCUCCACUUCUGCUUUCGGACUCUCUAGCUUCAGAUUUGAGCACAUCAGGCUCAUUUUUCCCGAGGAGGAGGCUGCUGUGUGCGGGGCGCCUCCGCAGUCGGAUGCGUAGUAAGCAGGGUUGGGUCGCCGUGGCGACUGGCACACGUCGUCAGCCAUAAAAGCAGAUAGGUGGGUUGAAGAAGAAGAAGGAGACUCUGGAUUUGACUGGAGAAAACAGCUGCUUGACCAUACUUGCCUGACCCUUGCGGACAUCCGCUCUUCAUCUGCAAGGAACGACGCACACAAUGGCAACCGGUGCGCUCCUGCUCGCCUGCGCGCUGCUCGCUGGAGUCACUGAGGCUCAGAGGGUGGUGACGGUGCAGAGCGGACCGCUGGUGAGAACCGAAGGCUCCCAUGUGACCAUCUGGUGCAACGUUACGGGUUAUAAGGAGGGAGUGGAGCAGGAUUUCGAGUGGUCCAUAUACCUGCCGUCGGCGCCAGACCGGGAGAUCCGCAUCGUUAGCACGGCUCAGGCGAAUUAUGCCUACGCCGUGUACGCCGCCAGGGUGAACAGCAAAGAGAUCUACGUGGAGAGGCUGAGUCGUGACUCGGCAAUGCUCCACAUCACCAAAGUGCAGGCCAAGGACCAGGGCGUGUUCGAGUGCUACACUCCCAACACCGACGGGAAGUUCCUGGGGUUCUACAGCGCACGCACCAACCUCACCGUCAUCGCUGACUCUCUGACAGUCACCGCUCCAGCCCAGACUCUCUCCAAAAUCGAGGGGGACACAUUACAGCUCACCUGCGAGGUUUCCCGGACCACCGAGCAGCACACUCACCUGUCGGUGGGUUGGUAUCUGAGGUCUCCGGAGGACGCGGCGGCGCCGCCCCAGGAGCUGGUCACCCUGUCCAGGGACUUUGUUCUUCGCUCUGGAGGACCGUAUCGGCAGAGGAUGGCAGCGGGGGACCUCAGGCUGGACAAAACCAGCGCCACCGCCUACAGGCUGACCAUCCACAAGCUGCAGCCCAUAGACCAGGGACUGCUCUACUGCCAGGCGGCCGAGUGGAUCCAAGACCCGGACGGGAGCUGGUUCGCCAUGACCCGCAAACAGAGCGAUAAGACCCAGCUGCGCAUCCAGCCCACCGAUCGGGACUUCAGCAUCCAGGUGAGCACGGAGCGACGGUCCUUCACGGCCGGUGAGCCGCUGGAGCUCCGCUGCACCAUUGAGGCGCAGAACGUUCCGGAGCGUUUCUUCUCGGUGUCGUGGGUCUUCAGCAGCUCACCGGUGGCCGUGGUGGGCCCCAGUGCCGUGCCGGUCCUGGGCCCCGAUUACGUUGCCCGGGAGGCCGCUGGCCUCAUGACGGUGCGGAAAGAGAGUCCCAACGUGUACCUGCUGAAGCUGCAACGCCUGAACCCCGACGACGCCGGCAAGUACAUCUGUCGCGUCACGGAGCGAGAGAAAACGCCCACGGGGGACUUCAUAGACCGCAGCAAGAGGUCCCGCAACGUCCAGAUCACAGUCCAGCAAAUCAAGAGCAACAUCACCAUGUUCCUGUCCACCAACUCCUCGGAGGUCCUGGAGGGCGACACGAUCCAGCUGACCUGCUCGGUCCACUCCACCAUCGGCGCUCUGUCCUUCGUUUGGCAGUGGAUAGAGAAGGAAGCAAGCGGGCCGAUCCAUGAAGUGGCCUCCGUGGACCGGGACGGCACGGUGCAGCACAGCGCCGCGUACAGAGAUCGCGCCAGUUAUGGCGAGAUCCGUGUGGAGAAGAUGCGAGCGGACACCUUGACUCUGUCCGUGUACAACGCCCUGCCUUCGGAUGAGGGACAGUACCGCUGCACGGCCACCGAGUGGAUUCAGACCGGCACCGAGCCAGACCUAAACUGGGAGAAGAUUGGAGAGAAAACAGCUGCCGAGACGAUCGGCGUGAAAACCGUCGAGUCUUCCUUCAUGCUGUCUGCUUCAUCCCGGACUCCCUCCAUAAGCUACGGAGAUUCCUUUGACAUCCUGUGUCUGGUCAAACCGCGCCACAACCCGCGCGUCCCCACGUCAGUCACCUGGCGCUUCAUGGCGUACGAAGGCGAGGAUCAGGAAACGUUCAAGGACCUGGUGACGUUUACCCGUGAAGGCACGCUGGAGUGGGGGGAUCAGCUGAUUGGUCUGGGCACGCGCACCACAGUGGACCGCUCACACUUCAACACAAACUUCCGGCUUUCCGUGAAGAGGGCGGGGCCUCGCGAGGCCGGCAAGUACCAGUGCACGGCUGUCCUGUGGAGGAAGAACUACGACAACAGCUGGACUGAAGUGGCCAACCGCACCUCCAACCUGCUUGGCAUCAAUGUUAUAAGGCCAGAAAGUCAACUGAAGGUGCAGAAAACCAACCAGUCCCAGGUGUACCUGGAGGACAGCCGCGUCCGCAUCAACUGCUCCAUCACCUUCCGGAGCGACCUGGACACCCAGCAUAGCGUUCUGUGGUUCGUGCGGCGCGCGGCGGGGUCAGAGGCCGACGAGCUCCUGCUGGAAAUCGAGCGCUCGGGGGCCCUCAAAUACGGCGACUACGCCGACGAGGAGAGACUGCGGCUGCGCGUGCAGGCGGAGAAGCUGUCGCCCCGCCUGUAUGUGCUGACGCUGAACAAGGCGGAGAGCAGCGACUCCGGCAUGUACUACUGCUUGGUGAAGGAGUGGCUGCGGGAUCCGGAGGGGAGCUGGGAUCAGCUGUCGCAGGAUUCCUCGGGAUACACGCGGGUUCUGGUCAAGCAGCCAGAUGUUCGGCUGCAGGUGGAAGAAAUGGAGUCGAACAUCACGGUGGAGGAGUCCGGUUCCAUCCGUCUGGGCUGCAGCAUUUCCUCCAAGUCGUCUCCAGACUCCAGCUUCUCCGUGUCCUGGUACGUGGAUCGCUCUGACGACGAGAGCUUCGUGGGCCUGCCGGCGGAGGACGAGAGCGACCGCGAGUGCGUGUUCUCCAUCGCCCACGAUUUUGUUUUCAAAAAGGAAAACUGCAGCCCCCAAGAAGAAACGGGGCCGAAUUCCCGCCUGCAGUUUGAGAAGAUGACCCCCGACCAGUACGACCUGACCAUUCACGGCGCCCGGCCAACAGACGCCGGCAGGUACUACUGCCACGUGGAGGAGUGGCUGCUCAACCCGCGGUACAUAUGGUACCGCCUGGCCACCAACAACUCGGGGUUCACCACCGUCAACAUUUUACAACAAGACUCUACCAUCCAUUCCGUGGUGUGCGCCCACGAUUCCCUCUUCUACUUCGUCUUCUUCUACCCGUUCCCCAUCUUCGCCAUCCUCCUCAUCGCCUUGCUGCUGGUGCGCUUCAAGAACCGCAACAACAACAAGAGCCAGGAGGGCAAGAACGGCGCCCCCCUCCUGUGGAUAAAAGAGCCUCACCUCAGUUACUCCCCCACCUGUCUGGACCCCCCUGUGCUCAGCCUGCACCCAGGCACCGUGGAUUAAGCCAGGAGCCGCCCGCCCCUCCUCUGCCUCACACACAUCAUGGACUUGGUCAACACCCGGCCAGGAAGCAGAUCUGGACUCCACCGUUGGACCUAAGUGUUGUCUAAUGCUGUGAUGAAUUAUUCGUUUUCAAGUUUCUGCCCUGGCGGCUCUUUGCUUUCUUUGUUAACAGAUGUACAUGUGCGUGGAAGAGAACCAGAAUGUGCCGCGUCAGCAAAAACUGCAGGACGUCUCCCGGUUUAGUUCUCUGAGAAGCCUAACCUCAGAGCUGUGCUUUGAUUUUUCUUACUCCAGAUAAUUGUCUAUUUUUUAAAAAUAAGAGGAAAAGAAAAGGCUGAAGAGAUUUAAGAUACGGAACUCUACGAUCAACUGUGGAAAAGUCUCACGGAGGAGCAGCCGAAGCCUUGUCCACUAUGUUAGUUGCCAUAGCGAUGUGGCGACUCGGUUGCCAGGCUGCAUGGAGACAAAAAAAAGCUGGGACACACUCGUCUGCGUCCCGAGUGAGGAUGUGUGUUGCCCACCUGCCUUGGCAGACUGAAACAAGUCCUGGUGAGCCACAAAAACACUGCCAGACACUUUGGCCCGAGUGAAAGACUGUCCCGUUCUUCUCCCCCGCCCUCUUUUUAUCCUAAAAGAGAAUGCUAAAGGGGGAAGAAACGGAGGAUAUUAUGAAGAGUAAAUGAGCAGCUCUGUCCUGCUGGGUACUUUAUCACGAGGGAGUUUUCUUUUCGCUGUGCCAAGUCCUUCCACGCUGCCGCUUUCUGAACUUCGUCGGAGAGUGGCGGCUUGACGGGGACAGAUUGUGAAUACGUCUGCUUUUACCACUCGCUGUGGAUUUAUGAGCCUUGUUGACAGUUAAAUGUUGAGCCAGUCGGUGAAUUACGGUAGAAUUAAUCCUAGCACAUUUUUCUAGGCCGCUCCGUCCCGUCUUUUUGGAGAUAUUUAGCAAUGAAGAAGAUUUUAGGGGCCAAAUGAAGACAAAAUUAACUGCACAUAGUGAGAAAAUCUAAUGAGGGAAGAUGUUUGAUUUGUGUUUAUUUUAAGAAAAAAGUUUUCUAUUUAUUAUUUUAUACUAUUUUGCAUAGCUUUGUAAUGUUUUUCUUUUUCCUUUGAAAUACAAACUGUCUCGCUUGCGUUGCUAGGCAACUGCACCAAGCACAUUAUGUCAAUAGCCUGUGUGUGUUGACGAUGUGGUAGAAGUAGAGAUGCAGAUCUGUCCUGCGAACUGCAGUCUGUAGCAUUUCACACCAGGCUGUGAGGUUUGGUCAAUGUCAGAACACUGUAUAUCUAUACAUAUAUUGAAACUGACUGUGGCUUUAAAUGUACAAUAGUUCAACAAGUAAGUCACAUUAAUUAAUUCACUAAAUGCUUUUUUUUUUCUUAUUUUUUGCUUGUUUCUUUAGUGAAAUGUGAUGUAAACAUCAAAGUAGGAUAUUGUUGGAUGAAGACUUAAUCGGGAACUUUAUUGGUGGAUUCUGGCUGAAGCUGCCGAGACACAAAAGGGUUAAAAAACAAAAAACUGAGUCCUGUUUUCAGCCCGUAGAGGCUGAACCCGUCACUGCCAGACCGGACAUGAAAACUCCAAAAAAAAGAAAAAAAAGAAAAAAAAAUUGACAUUGUCGUCUGAGUUGUGUCAACAUGUAUAUUGCAUGACAAUAUUGCAGGAGGGAUUUUAAUGUUUUUGUAAACUUCCAACAGUUUUAGCUUUGUGUUUCUGUGAGAAAGCCCCGCCCCCUUUACUCCACGCAGCAUCUCCCUGAGCCACGAGAGUCCACUUGGACCUUCAAGAUCCACACUUUUCAAGUAGUUCAGUUUGAGAAUGUGAGUUGUGGAGAUUGUGUUUGAAAUUAUUGCUCAUACUCGUCUUUUUAUUGCUUUGCUUUUAUGCAUCACAUCAUUAAACAAAUUCAUUAAAAAUAUAUAUAUAUAUAGUUUUUUUGAUGGUACAGAUUCAAGCCGCUGAGUUUGAAGAUUCUAGUUCUGUUGAUGAAGGUGUUGAAUAUAUAACUUUUAAUGUCAGAAAACAAUGAAUUUAAUAAAUGUGCAGUAAAUAUAUGACAGGUGGGAGUCGUUCAAGAAGUCCAAACUUCAACUCAAUAUUCAUUUUUUAACUAUUAACUAAUGGAAAUCAUCUUUGCAUAAAAAUUCAACACAUUUUUAUGAAUUGACUUUUUUUAUCAUAUUUUUUACCCUGCUUUUUAUGUGGGAAUUUAUAUUGUUACAAAGUAAAGUACCAGGUUUUGUUGAAUUUUAUGUGCGGUGCAGAACGAUUUACAUACCCGAUCAAAAAAUGUAUCUUUAGGUCAUCGAUGUUUCCAGUUUUCCCACUUAUGAAAUGAGUUUGGUCUGUAAUUUUCAUCACUGAAACUCUUCAACUGCAAGAGACGGACGGUUCAAAAAGAUUCUAGGAAUUCACAUUAAAGAAUGUAUUUGAAUAGUGGUGCAGAA